UGUAGAUCUAGGCAUGUGGCCUGCUAGGAGCGCCUUUGGCUUUUCUUAGGGAUGGCUCUUGCUCACCAGAGCCUCACAAAGAUAAUCGCUCAGGAAGUGUUUCAGCCAAUCCGGGGCCGCCUUACACUCCGAUUUGCCGGGGCAGCCAAUCGGGGAUGAGCUUUUAUUAGGCGGCCAGAUCAUCAAGCCGAAGUGCCAAACCCUUUUUCUGUGAGAACUAGGAGCCUGUCCUCCAUGUUUUAUAAGUAUUGACAUUACACAGUGUUAACAAUGCAUCCACAGAGCUUGGCUGAAGAGGAAAUAAAAACAGAACAGGAGGUGGUGGAGGGCAUGGAUAUCUCUACUCGCUCCAAAGAUCCUGGCUCCACAGAGAGAACAGCCCAGAAAAGAAAGUUCCCCAGCCCUCCGCAUUCCUCCAAUGGCCACUCGCCACAGGACACAUCAACAAGCCCCAUUAAAAAGAAAAAGAAACCCGGCUUACUGAACAAUAACAAUAAAGAGCAGUCAGAACUAAGACAUGGUCCGUUUUACUAUAUGAAGCAGCCACUCACCACAGACCCUGUUGAUGUUGUACCGCAGGAUGGACGAAAUGAUUUCUACUGCUGGGUUUGUCACCGGGAAGGCCAAGUCCUUUGCUGUGAGCUCUGUCCCCGGGUUUAUCACGCUAAGUGUCUGAGACUGACAUCGGAACCAGAGGGGGACUGGUUUUGUCCUGAAUGUGAGAAGAUUACAGUAGCAGAAUGCAUCGAGACUCAGAGUAAAGCCAUGACAAUGCUCACCAUUGAACAGUUAUCCUACCUGCUCAAGUUUGCCAUUCAGAAAAUGAAACAGCCAGGGACAGAUGCAUUCCAGAAGCCCGUUCCGUUGGAACAGCAUCCCGACUAUGCGGAAUACAUCUUCCAUCCCAUGGACCUUUGUACAUUGGAAAAGAACGCUAAAAAGAAAAUGUAUGGCUGCACAGAAGCCUUCCUGGCUGAUGCAAAAUGGAUUUUGCACAACUGCAUCAUUUAUAAUGGGGGAAAUCACAAAUUGACGCAAAUAGCGAAAGUAGUCAUCAAAAUCUGCGAGCAUGAGAUGAAUGAAAUCGAAGUUUGUCCAGAGUGUUAUCUAGCUGCUUGCCAAAAACGAGAUAACUGGUUUUGUGAGCCUUGUAGCAAUCCACAUCCUUUGGUUUGGGCAAAACUGAAGGGGUUUCCAUUCUGGCCUGCGAAAGCUCUGAGGGAUAAAGAUGGGCAGGUUGAUGCCCGUUUCUUUGGACAACACGACAGGGCCUGGGUUCCAAUAAAUAAUUGCUACCUCAUGUCUAAAGAGAUUCCUUUUUCUGUGAAAAAGACCAAAAGCAUCUUCAACAGUGCAAUGCAAGAGAUGGAGGUUUACGUGGAGAACAUCCGCCGGAAGUUUGGGGUCUUUAAUUACUCUCCAUUCAGGACGCCCUACACGCCCAACAGCCAGUACCAAAUGCUGCUCGACCCCUCCAACCCCAGCGCUGGUGCUGCCAAGAUAGACAAGCAGGAGAAGGUCAAGCUCAACUUCGACAUGACGGCGUCGCCCAAGAUCCUGAUGAGCAAGCCGAUGCUGAGUGGGGGCACAGGCCGCAGGAUCUCCUUGUCGGACAUGCCACGCUCCCCCAUGAGCACCAACUCCUCCGUGCACACAGGCUCCGACGUGGAGCAGGACGCCGAGAAGAAGGCCACGUCCAGCCACUUCAGCGCGAGUGAGGAGUCCAUAGACUUCCUGGACAAGAGCACAGCUUCACCAGCCUCCACCAAGACGGGACAAGCGGGGAGUUUAUCCGGCAGCCCGAAACCUUUCUCUCCUCAAGUAUCAACACCAAUCACGACGAAAACGGACAAGACAUCCACCACGGGAAGCAUCCUGAAUCUUAACCUGGAUCGAAGCAAGGCCGAGAUGGAUCUGAAGGAGCUGAGUGAGUCGGUCCAGCAGCAGUCGGCCCCUGUUCCUCUCAUCUCUCCCAAGCGGCAGAUUCGCAGCAGGUUCCAGCUAAAUCUUGAUAAGACGAUAGAGAGUUGCAAAGCACAAUUAGGCAUAAAUGAAAUCUCAGAAGAUGUGUAUACGGCUGUAGAACACAGCGAUUCGGAGGAUUCCGAGAAGUCAGAUAGUAGCGGUAGUGACUCUAUCAGUGAUGAGGAGCAGAGGUCGAAGAAUGAGCCGGAAGAUGCUGAAGACAAAGAAGAUGCUCGGAUGGACAAAGAGCCGUCUGCUGUCAAAAAAAAGCCCAAAUUGGCAAACCCCAUGGAGACAAAAGAGGAGCUGAAAGUCAGCACGUCGCCAGCCAGCGGGAUAGCAGACCCAGGCUUGGUCAAGGAGAAGACUAGCCCUCAGCCCGAGAAGGACUUUUCAGACAAAGCCAAACCCUCGCCUCAUCCCACAAAGGAUAAGCUGAAGGGAAAAGAUGAGACGGAUUCCCCAACAGUGCAUUUGGGCCUGGACUCCGAUUCAGAGAGCGAACUUGUCAUAGAUUUAGGAGAAGACCAUUCUGGGCGGGAGGGUCGAAAAAAUAAGAAGGAACCCAAAGAACCGUCUCCCAAGCAGGAGGUCGUAGGUAAAGCUCCACCAUCCACGACGGCGGGCAGCCAGUCUCCCCCCGAAACGCCGGUCCUCACCCGCUCUUCCGCCCAAACUCCCACGGCUGGUGUCACGGCCACCACCAGCACCACAUCCACGGUCACGGCCCCGGCCGCCGCUGCCACAGGAAGCCCAGUGAAAAAGCAGAGGCCGCUUUUACCGAAGGAGACUGCCCCGGCCGUGCAGCGGGUCGUGUGGAACUCCUCAACUGUCCAGCAGAAGGAGAUCACGCAGAGCCCUUCCACCUCCACCAUCACCCUGGUGACCAGCACCCAGUCGUCGCCCCUGGUCACCAGCUCGGGGUCCACGAGCACCCUCGCCUCUUCAGUAAGCGCAGACCUGCCCAUCGCCACCGCCUCAGCCGACGUCGCCGCGGACAUCGCCAAGUACACUAGCAAAAUGAUGGAUGCAAUAAAAGGCACCAUGACGGAAAUAUAUAACGACCUUUCUAAAAACACUACUGGAAGCACAAUAGCCGAGAUUCGCAGGCUGAGGAUUGAGAUAGAGAAGCUCCAGUGGCUGCACCAGCAGGAGCUCUCGGAAAUGAAACACAACUUGGAGCUGACCAUGGCUGAGAUGCGGCAGAGCCUGGAGCAGGAGCGGGACCGGCUCAUCGCCGAGGUGAAGAAGCAGCUGGAGCUGGAGAAGCAGCAGGCGGUGGACGAGACCAAGAAGAAGCAGUGGUGCGCCAACUGCAAGAAGGAGGCCAUCUUCUAUUGCUGCUGGAACACCAGCUACUGUGACUACCCCUGCCAGCAGGCCCACUGGCCGGAGCACAUGAAGUCCUGCACCCAGUCAGCUACCGCGCCUCAGCAGGAAGCAGACGCCGAGGUGAACACGGAAACACUAAACAAGUCAUCCCAGGGGGCCUCCUCCAACACGCAGGCAGCCCCCCCGGAAACCAGCACCUCGAAAGAGAAGGAGACGCCAGCCGAGAAAAGCAAGGACGGUGGCUCGACCCUCGACCUUUCUGGCUCCAGGGAGACGCCCUCCUCCAUUCUCUUAGGCUCCAACCAAGGCUCUGUUAGCAACAGGUGUGACAAGCAACCUGCCUCUAUCCCAACCAGCACAGACCACCAGCCGCACCCCAGCUACCCAGCCCAGAAGUCUUUGCCUCUGGUGGCCAUCGGAAACCGCAGUAGAAAAAGAGUUUUUUUGGGGGCCACGCCGCUCAGCUUGUGGGAUCUUAGCUCCCCGACCAGGGAUCGAACCCACACCCUCGGCAGUGAAAGCGUGGAGUCCUAACCACUGGACUGUCAGGGAAGUCCCCGGUCUGGCUUCUUGAAGGGGCCUCAUCCUCGCUCUUUUCAUAAAGGGUCCUAGACUAACACCCGUUGUCCUCUGCAGUGAUGGGUCGAAUCAACCACCGCCCCAUGUCCGGUCCGUGGGAGGAGUCAGGCUCUGCAGUUACUCAGGUGGCCAGCCUCGCUCUGGGAUGCAGCUUCUGUGCUGAGCUCAGCCCUGCUCCCGUUUCUUCUAAGUGGCCCAGCUGGUCUCCGCCUUCAGCAGAGCUGGGGGAGACUCAGUGUGACUUGACUGCAUUGUUGUAGGAUUUUCUCCGUGUGGUGAUAACCAGCUGUAUCACUGACCUUCCAGAGAACUGACGGUGUAGGCAUCACAACUAGGGAAGAACGCUUAAGAAGAGGUGGAUUCAGGAUCCGUAAGACAGCUCCACCCUGGCCCCCCUGCUCUGCCCACCACAAUACUGCCCCCUUUUGGUCACAGAUGCAAGUGACUAAGAAGAGUUCUCUCCUGAAUGCAUAUGUUACUUGGGAGAUCCUUUGAUCAUUCUCUUCACUACUUAUCUUGCAGAAACAGACCUCAGGACCACAUACAUGCCUGCCGUAUCACCAGAAAGGUCGCCCCCUAGGCGAUGAUACGGUCCCUUGCUCCCUCAUUCCAAUUCUGUCUCUAAGCUUGACAGCCGACUUCUUUCAAUCAAAUAUUAUCACCCCACCUCAAGAAGUUAAAAAAGAAAGUUUUGUCCCAAUCUGUCUGAACUGGGUAAAUGAUCUAAGAUAUGAUGGGGUCUUAGUGAUGUGCUGGUGGGUCUCUUAGAGUCAGCCAUCCCGCUGAGCCUGCAGGCUGGGGCCGUCUCACAGUUGGACAGACACCUGACUUGGCUCUUCCUUCAGUGUCCUCGUAUCUUACUCAGCCACGAUGUAGCUCCUUGUGGCGCAUGUGUCCUUGAAGCUCCCGUAGGUCUUACUCUGGUUCUUGCAUCCUUCAGUGACCCUUAAGCUUGUCCUUACUGGGAGCCAGUGGGUCUUCACCGUUAAGCCCAGCUGGGCUUCACCAUUCUGGUGCUCUCUCCUCUGCUUCGGGUGAUUUGAUUAUAAGUCUGUUUUCCAAGUUGCCUAUAAACUGAUUAAAGAAACUCCAUUAACAGAAGUAAGUAGAUCGAAUGCCAAAUUUCAGUGCCUUCUUUAGUGGCCAAGGUAGGACACAAGGGCAUGGGGUGCUUGGUGUCUGGUCAUGUAGGAGGGGUGCCUGGUCCCAGGUACCACACAAGAAGUGCCUUCCUCGAUAACUUCGUACCUGUCCCCACUCAUCUUUAUUCUCUCUGAGCACGAUUCCCUCCUGUUUUUUUCCAAUCAGCUCUUGUUAAAUCCUAAAAAAAUAAGUUCUGCCCGUGUACGCCACAGACCCACAAAUUCAGGGCAGUAAAUGGUGGCAGGAUUUUGACCAUCUGUGUUGUGUGGAGUCGGGCGGGGAAGGUGGUACCAGGGAGCAGGUGCAGGUCGCAUAGAGGGAUGGUUCCGAUCCACUGGAAGUAGGCAGGAAUGCUAAAAACCUGCCUCCCGGUUGACUUCCCCCAACCCAGACCAUUCCCGGAGCAGUAAAUCCAGUUGCUGGAGCGGCAGUGAUGAGAAACGGGGAGCGGCCCGCUCUGAGCACAACGCCAGCACCAGUUCGAAGAGCCUCAUCCCGAAAGAGUCUCGGCUGGACACCUUCUGGGA